AUUGACACAGUUUUAAUGCGCAUUCAAACUCCAAGAGCGGCUCCAUAAACUUCUGAACGACUGCCUCCAUCAGUGAUAUGGAGAUGCAUUAUGUUCCAGAGGUGCAGUUCAAAUUGUCUUAUUCAGACUCAGGAGUUAUCAAGAAGCCCAGUACACAAAAGGAAAGAGGCCAGUGGUCAAGUAAAAUUGAAUUUCUCUUGGCUGUUGCUGGACAGAUCAUCGGCCUAGGAAAUGUGUGGAGGUUUCCAUACCUGUGUUACAAAAAUGGAGGAGGGGUGUUCUUUAUUCCAUAUCUGGUUUUCCUGUUUGCCUGUGGCAUUCCACUGUUCCUUCUGGAGAUAUCUUUGGGUCAGUACACCAGUCAGGGUAGCAUCACCUGUUGGAGAAGAAUCUGCCCUCUGUUUCAAGGACUGGGCUAUGGGUCUCAGGUGGUUGUUUUGUAUUCCAGCAUCUACUAUAUAAUUAUUCUUGCCUGGGCAUUCUUCUAUCUCUUUUCCUCAUUUACGUCUGAGCUACCAUGGGCUAGCUGCAGUAAUCCCUGGAACACAGAAACCUGUGUUGAAUUUGACAGGUUGGACAAGAACUUAAGCAUGCCAGAGAAUGUCACUUCACCUGUCAGAGAGUUCUGGGAGAGGAGAGUGCUAAAUAUCACAGGCAGUGUAUAUGAGAUGGGCAAUGUUAGGUGGGAGCUGGCUCUGUGUCUUCUCCUGGCCUGGAUCAUCUGCUACUUCUGUGUGUGGAAGGGAGUGAAAUCCACAGGCAAGGUGGUUUAUUUUACUGCUACCUUUCCUUAUGUGAUGUUGGCGAUUCUGCUGGUGCGCGGACUGACCCUGCCUGGGGCUGCAGACGGCAUCAUUUUUUACCUUUACCCAGAUCCUUCACGGCUUACAGACCCACAGGUGUGGAUGGAUGCUGGAACACAGAUUUUUUACUCCUACGCACUCUGCAUUGGCUGCCUUACUGCUCUGGGGAGCUACAAUAAGUACAACAACAACUGUUAUAAAGACUGUGUGUAUCUGUGCCUAUUAAACAGUGGGACAAGCUUUGUGGCUGGCUUUGCCAUUUUCUCAGUGCUGGGUUUCAUGGCCUAUGAACAAGGGGCAGACAUCUCAACAGUGGCAGAAUCAGGUCCAGGUUUGGCUUUUAUUGCAUACCCCAGAGCAGUCUCAAUGAUGCCUGUUCCACAACUUUGGGCCAUUUGUUUCUUCCUUAUGAUCAUUUUGCUGGGCCUGGACAGUGAGUUUGUGUGUUUGGAGGGACUGAUGACAGCCAUAACUGACAUGUAUCCUUCUUUCUUUCUCUUUGGUCAUCGCCGUAAAGUGUUUCUGCUGUUCAUCUGUAUUGUGAGUUUCCUCAUUGGCCUGGUCAUGGUAACUGAGGGCGGCUUGUAUAUCUUUCAGUUGUUUGAUUACUAUUCAUGCAGUGGGAUGGCACUUCUUCUGUUUGCCAUUUUGCAGUCAGUGUGUAUAGGGUGGGUGUAUGGUGCAAACCGCUUGUAUGAUAAUAUCGAGGACAUGAUUGGCUAUCGGCCAGUGUGCUUAAUAAAGUAUUGCUGGAAGUACAUCACUCCACUAGUCUGCACAGGCACGUUUGUUUUUUCUCUGGUGAAGUUCACGCCACUGAAGUUUAACAAUACAAUUGAAUACCCCUGGUGGGGCUACGCUAUUGGUUGGUGGUUCACUCUUUCUUCAACUCUAUUGGUUCCUCUUUGGAUGAUCUAUGCUCUUCUCACCACUAGUGGAUCAUUGAAACAGAGGUUACGUGUUCUCUGCACUCCUUCCAAUGAGCUUCCGUGACAGAGGUAAACCCUGUACAACUCAAAGCUCUUAAUGCAUUUUACUCUACACCGAUGGGAAGAUGUUGUUGAAGCACACAGGACUAAACCAUAGAUUUCAUACAAGUGCACUUUUACAUAGCCCUUUGGGCUUCUCUCGAAUGGCCAGUAAUGCAUCAGUAGCUAUAAACACAGUUAGAUUAGAAUUGGAGUUAAAGGGAUAGAAAUCUAAGCACAGAAGACCUACAUUAUUGAGACUACUUGAAAGAAGAAAGGGAUUGCAUUGCAAGUGGCGCAUUGGUGCUAGCUUUUAGGAUCAAAGGACAACAAACUAACUUCAAAAAAGAACUCAUAAAAGCAUUUCUGAAAUGACUAGCCUAAAAAAACUAACAGAUUUCAACAAAGAGGAAGGAAGAAGAAAGAAGUCAAAAGUCUGAGCAGCAUUCAGCAUUUUUAAAGUGUUUUGUUUCCUUUUUCCACCCACAUAACCGCCAGGUCAACAUGAACUGUAACUGGGCAGCUAGAAUACAAGGCACAAAAAUCUAGUGUUCCUUGUACUGCCAAAUGAACAGAUAACAAAUUACUUUAAACUUCAAACUAUACCACUUCAUAACCAUGCCAUAAUUGUCAUAAGAGAUGAUGCCAUGUUGUCAUAACAGGUUAUAUUCACUUUUAUUACAAAGUGACAUUUUGAUUUUAU